GCACGGGGGGGGGGUCUCGGUACCUCAAACGACCACACUCGCUCAUCAAUCAAAUGCGCAAAAGAGCAAAGCAACAUCGGAGCCGCUGGUCACUGUUAAUGCGACGCACCCGUUCCCAGCGCUAGAAAGUGCGCCUUUAAAUAUUUCAUUUUGUUAGUCAUCCCCAUCACCCCCCUCCGCACAAUCCUUUCCUUCCCCGUGAACACCCGCAGUCAAGCCUACGUACGCCAGAGUGUGCUGCUGAAGGGGGGAGGGGGGGGGUGAAUAGCGUAGACACAGGACGUGUCUGCCGUGCCCGUCGUUCACCGCGCGCGAAGAUGCCCGGAGCGACGCGCCCCGUGGCUCUGCUCGCCGCCGCCGCCGGCCUCCUGUGCCUCGCCUUGGCCGGGAGCGGCGCCUGGGCCGCGUGCCCGGCGCUCUGCACCUGCACGGGCACCACCGUGGACUGCCAGAACCUGGGAUUCCGCGCCGUGCCCAAAGGCAUCCCUCGCAACGCCGAGAGAAUCGACCUCAAUGGGAAUAACAUCACGCGCAUCAGCAAGGCGGACUUCGGAGGGUUGCGCCAACUACGCGUACUGCAGCUGAUGGAAAAUCACAUCGUCGCGAUUGAACGCGGCGCCUUCCAGGACCUGAAGGAGCUCGAACGACUGCGCUUGAACAGGAACCGUCUCGCUCUCCUUCCCGAGCUGCUCUUCCUGGGGACGCCGAAGCUCGCCCGCCUGGACCUCAGCGAAAACCUGAUCCAGGCCAUCCCCAGGAAGGCGUUCCGUGGUGUGACGGACAUCAAAAAUCUGCAACUUGACAACAAUCGCAUCUCGUGCAUCGAGGAUGGGGCCUUCCGUGCUCUGCGGGACCUGGAAGUCUUCACGCUUAAUAACAAUAACAUUACUUCAUUGUCGGUGGCGAGCUUCAACCACAUGCCCAAGCUAAGGACGUUCCGACUGCACUCCAACAGCCUCCAGUGCGACUGCCACCUGGCCUGGCUGUCCGACUGGCUCAGGCAGCGCCCGAGGAUCGGCCUCUUCACUCAGUGCGCCAGCCCCGCCAACCUCCGGGGCCUCAACGUGGCGGAGGUUCAGCGCAAGGAGUUUGUGUGCUCGGACGAUGACGAAGGUCACUCGGACGUGUCCAGGACGCAGACGUGCAGCGUGGCCUCCAGCUCGUGCCCCCUGCCCUGCACGUGCGCCAACAACAUUGUGGACUGCCGCGGGAAGGGCCUCACGGCCGUGCCUUCCAACCUGCCUGAGGCCAUCACCGAGAUACGACUGGAACAAAACGGCAUUAAGUCCGUUCCCCCCGGUGCUUUCUCAUCGUACAAGAAGCUCCGUCGAAUUGAUCUGAGCAACAAUCAGAUUUCCGAGAUUGCUCCAGAUGCUUUCCAGGGCCUGCGGACCCUCAACUCGCUGGUUUUGUACGGGAAUAAAAUCACGGAGCUGCCCAAAGGGCUCUUUGAUGGCCUCUAUUCGCUCCAGCUGCUGCUGCUCAACGCCAACAAAAUAAACUGCGUCCGAGCGGAUGCGUUCCAGGACCUGCAGAACCUCAACCUGCUCUCGCUCUACGACAACAAGAUCCAGACGAUGGCCAAGGGCACCUUCAGCCCCCUGCGCUCCAUCCAGACGCUGCACCUGGCGCAGAACCCGUUCAUCUGCGACUGCCACCUCAAGUGGCUGGCCGACUACCUCCACGCCAACCCGAUCGAGACGAGCGGGGCCCGCUGCGCCAGCCCGCGCCGACUCGCCAACAAGCGCAUCGGCCAGAUCAAGAGCAAGAAGUUCCGCUGCUCGGCCAAGGAGCAGUACUCUCUACCAGGAGCCGAAGACCACCGCUCGAAGCUGGGUGGCGAGUGCUUCGUCGACUCACUGUGCCCCGAGCGCUGCCGCUGCGAGGGCACCAUCGUCGACUGCUCCAGCCAGCGCCUCUCCCGCAUCCCGGAGCACCUGCCGCAGUACACCACCGAGCUGCGACUGAACAACAAUGACAUCACGGUGUUGGAAGCAACGGGGAUUUUCAAGAAGCUCACACAGUUGCGGAAAAUUAACCUGAGCAACAACAAGAUCGCCGACGUAGAGGAGGGGGCGUUUGAAGGCGCCGGCUCGGUGGGAGAGCUCCUGCUGACGGGAAACCAGCUGGAGAGUGUGCACGGAGCCAUGUUUCGGGGCCUGGAGGGCCUCAAAACACUGAUGCUGCGAAGCAACAAGCUGACGUGCGUGGGCAACGGCACAUUCGCAGGUCUCGGCUCGGUGCGGCUGCUGUCGCUCUACGACAACCAGAUCGGCAGCAUCACUCCCGGAGCCUUCGCCACCGUGCACUCGCUCUCCACGCUGAAUCUGCUGGCGAACCCAUUCAACUGUAACUGCCACCUGGCGUGGCUGGGCGAGUGGCUGCGCAAGCGGAGGAUCGUGACGGGGAACCCGCGGUGCCAGAAGCCGUCGUUCCUGCGUGAGAUCCCCGUCCAGGACGUGGCCGCGCAGGACUUCUCGUGCGACGACGGCAACGAUGAGAACGCCUGCACACCGCCGCCACGCUGCCCUGCCGAGUGCACGUGCCUGGACACGGUGGUGCGCUGCAGCAACAAGGGCCUCAGGGGGCUGCCCAAGGGCCUACCCCGAGACGUCACCGAGCUUUACCUGGACGGAAACCAGUUAACCAUGGUUCCCCCAGAGCUGUCCAACUACAAGCACCUUUCGUUCAUUGACCUGAGCAACAACCACAUCAGCACCAUCGCAAACUUCACCUUCAGCAACAUCACCCAGCUCUCCACACUGAUUUUGAGCUACAAUCGUCUAAGGUGUCUUCCUCUGCGGGCGUUCGCUGGCCUCAAAACCCUGCGCCUCCUGUCACUUCACGGAAACGACGUCUCCAUGAUUCCCCACGGCGUUUUCAGCGACCUGACGUCUCUCUCCCAUCUAGCGCUGGGAUCAAACCCGCUGCACUGCGACUGUGCCAUGCGCUGGCUCUCCGAUUGGGUCAAGGUGGACUACAAGGAGCCGGGCAUCGCGCGCUGCUCGGGGCCCGGGGACAUGGCCGAGAAGCUGCUGCUCACUACCCCCUCCAAGAAGUUCGAGUGUGUCGGUCCGCCUGACGUCAGCAUCCAGGCCAAGUGCAACCCGUGCCUGUCGCAGCCAUGCCUCAACCACGGCGUGUGCAGCAGCGACCCCGUCGACUUCUACCGCUGCACCUGCUCCUACGGGUUCAAGGGUCAGGACUGCGGAACGCCGAUCAACGCAUGCGUGAGCUCGCCGUGCCAGAACGCGGGCACGUGCCACGUGCGCGAGGAUGGUGACGACUCCGGAUUCCAGUGCGAGUGCCCCAAGGGCUUCGAUGGAAAAGUUUGCCAGGUGAACAUCGACGAUUGCGAGGACAACGACUGUGAGAACAACGCCACCUGCGUGGACGGCAUCAACAACUACACCUGCCUGUGUCCGCACGAGUACACAGCUGCUAAAAAGGGCAAUGAAGUUGAAAAAGGGGAAUUGUGCGAGGAGAAGGUAAACCUGUGCUCCGAGGAGCUGAACCCAUGCCGCCACAACUCCAAGUGCAUCCUCACUUCCGACGGGCCCAGGUGCGAGUGCGCCGCCGGGUUCGUGGGCGAGGACUGCGCCGUCGACCACGACGACUGCCAGGAGCACAAGUGCCAGAACGGCGCGCGCUGCAUGGACGCGGUCGACGGCUACGCCUGCGUGUGCCCCGACGGGUUCAGCGGGCCGCUGUGCGAGGUUCCGCCUCCCAUGGUGUACCUGCAGACGAGCGCGUGCCAGUACCACGACUGCCAGAACGGCGGGCAGUGCGUGGAGGCGGGCGGCGAGCCCGAGUGCCAGUGCCUGCAGGGCUUUGUGGGGUCGCGCUGCGACAAGCUGACGAGCGUCAACUUCGUGCAGCGCGACUCCUACCUCCAGCUGCCGCCCAUCAAGGGGCAGCCCAAGGCCAACAUUAGCCUGCAGGUGGCCACGGACGAGGAUAAUGGGAUGCUUCUGUACAAUGGCGUGAGCGAGCACAUCGCCGUGGAGAUCUACCGCGGCCGCGUGCGUCUCAGCUACGACGCGGGCAGCUACCCCAACCCCACCAUCUACAGCCUAGAGACGAUAAACGACGGGGAGUUCCACACCGUGGAGAUCGUCACGCUGGAACAGAUGGUGAACCUGUCCAUCGAUGGAGGCUCCCCCAAAACCAUGAUCAAACUGGGCAAGCCUGCCUCCCUCACCCUGGAGUUGCCCCUGUACAUUGGUGGCAUGCCCACGGACGUGAACAGCGCGGCGCUCAAGCAGAUGCACGACCGCAACGGCAUGGGCUUCCACGGCUGCAUCCGCGACCUCUACAUCAACGACGAGCUGCAGGACCUGCGCGCGCCAGGCCGCCCGCCCGCCGGCAUCCUGCCCGGCUGCGCGCCGUGCCGCCAGCAGGGCGCGUGCGUCCACGGCGCCUGCCGCGCCGCCGGGCCCUCGGGGCACACGUGCGAGUGCGAGGCCGGGUGGACGGGCGCCCAGUGCGACCAGCGCUCCGGCGACCCCUGCCAGGCCAACAAGUGCGUGCACGGUGCGUGCAUCGCGCUCGACGCGUUCUCCUACAGCUGCCGCUGCGCCGAUGGCUUCGUGGGCACGCUGUGCGACGAGGAGCAGCGCGAGCUCUUCAACCCGUGCCGCGGCGUGCGCUGCAAGCACGGCACGUGUCGCAUCUCGGGCGCUGGCAAGCCGUUCUGCGAGUGCAGCCCCGGCUACACCGGGGACAACUGUGACAGGGAAGUGUCGUGCCGCGGCGAGCGCGUGCUGGGCAGGCUGCAGAAGCAGCGCGGCUACGCCGCGUGCCAGAGCGUGCAGGAGGUGUCGCGCGUCGACUGCAAGGGCAGCUGCGAGGGCACGGGCGGAGGCGGCGGAGGCGGUGGUGGCGGUCAGUGCUGCGCAGCGCUACGCACGAAGCGCCGCCGCUACGCCUUCGAGUGCACCGACGGCUCCUCCUUCUUCGAGGAGGUGGAGAAGGUGGUUAAGUGCGGCUGUGGGCGCUGCCACCCAUAAAUAAGAUGGGGCCGAUGGCUCCGCGCAGUUCCUACAUCACCUCCCCCCCCCACCCCACCCCACAAUCGUCCGUAAACGAGCGAUUGCACAUUUAUACCCCACCACCGCACCGACCGACCUGUUCAUUCUCUUAUUCCAUUCGCCUUCGAGAGGUGAGUCUAGGCGCCUUCAAAGCGACGCCCAGCAACAAUGCAAGGACAAACGAGUACUAGGACUUAUUGCACGGAACGACAUGCCGAGUUGUUUCGUGAUGAAUGCCAGCGGGGGGGGCGGUCGUGGCUCUCCAGCAGUGCCUGCGUAGAACUUGCAGGGCUCCGUAAACAAACAAAAAAGACCACAGAGAGGUAAACGGCAGGUGGAUAUCUGUAGAGGUAAACGGCAGGUGGAUAUCUGUAGAGGUAAACGACAGGUGGAUAUCUGUAGAGGUAAACGACAGGUGGAUAUCUGUAGAGGUAAACGGCAGGUGGCUAUCUGUAGAGGUAAACGGAGUGCACGCCACAAGUCGGUUCAUGUGUGAAUGGGAGAACCUUUACAGGAGGGUGCAGAAGGCCCAGUUUCUAACAAGCACACUUUCGUACGACUUUGGGACGAGGAGGAACACAUUUAAAAGGUGUUCACGGUAGAACUACAGUCGUUGUGAAACACGGGGUGCACGUUCACGUACCUAUAUGCGCCCUGUACAUUUAUUCCUCGGUGAUUUUUUUAUUAUUAUUCCACAGUUGCCCAAUCAGAAUCACAUUUCUCUUGGCCGAACGGUUAUUUUUUUUUUGCUUCAACGUGGUUCAAUAGGGGGGGGGGGGGGGGGAGAACCUUCCAAUCAUGACAUGGGGGGGGAGGCGCACACAGUCUUGCCUUGAAGUCGCCGCCACGUCGCUUCGCGGAAGCAGCUUGAGGCUCUGCCGAAAUUGAGGAUCCGCUCGCCUCUCCGCAUCAAAUCCCCGUCCGCCCGAAGCUUCCCCUUCUUCCCUCCCGACCCCACCACCGCUUCAGCGCCUGCGCGUGUCUACCGACGAGCAGAACAACUUCCCAUGCGCGAGACAUCACCGCCACCUCCACGCCCCCCGGGGCCUAUCUGACCGCCCCACGGAUUUACGAAGAGGAAAGCCAAUGAGGAAAGCCGCCUCACGGACUUCUUAAAAAACUGAUGUUACUACAGAGGAAUAAUAAUGAUGAUACAUUAGACAAUGGAGUUUGGUUGUUUUUUUUUCCCACUCCUUCACUGUUUGUCUGCACCGCUAUCCGUAGAAGACUUCAAGACUCUUCGUUCCUGCAACGAGUCGUCAACUCCGGAUGUUAGAGUUCCGCUUGAAGUGUGUGGGGGUGGGGGGGCAUUACGAGUGAAGAAGUGCGAGAUGACUUCAGAAGAAACGGCCUCGGUAACCUCUCGCUUUUGCCUGUUUCGUCUUGAGUUUUACGACUUUCCACCAGGUGGUUUGUGGGGAUUUUGUAAUGACUUAAUUGUGAGUGCAAACAUCGGAGCGUUUAAACAGACCGUCUGAACGACACGUAACUGCUGUCUGUAGUUUUGACCCGAAAUUAGUGAAAUACUGUUUAACCUGUGUAAAUCAAAUGUUUCUGUAACUUUUUUUUUACUGAAAUAGGUUUUUUUUUUGGUGUGUGUGCAGUGCGGUAUUGACUCUCCAGUAUUUGUUUGGAUUUGGUUUGAGAAAAAAAUAAACAGAUGCUUACUUUUAACCAACAGGCGCAUCGGAUACCCAACGAGAAACCCCAACCCGCUGUCCUUUUGACAAUAUUCUUGCAGAUAUAACGACUCUCGCCGAACUUCAUUUGGUUCCUGUCGCCAGCGUAUACUUUUGCUCAAGUCAAAUGCAUUCGUUGUUGUUUAUUUGAUUAAUAGUGAUAACAAACAAAAAAAACUCUAGAAGACACGCACUAAUGCAGUCACUUGCAAAUGUACUGCAUUUGGGUAUACCGCGAGAGCUAACACCAUUAACGGCUUCUGUCUGGCA